GGUAAGCGAUACCCCCAGCAUCACUGAUCGAUGUCGAUACUUCUAAGUUCUAUGAUUUCAGUCGUCACUGCUGUUAAUUAGAUUAGCCAUAACAUGGAAUCCGAGAUUCCAGCAAAUUCUGCCCAACAGCAACUCAUGUCUGUUCGCAUUCCGGGACAAUCAACACAGAAACUGAAGAAAUUUUAUGAUGAAUGGAGUGAGGACUAUGACAAGCAUUUACAAUCACUUGAGUGGAACUCGCCUACAUUUGCAGUUGAUGCACUGUCCAAGUAUUUACCGGAUAAGCAUGCUAGAAUUUUAGACUGUGCUUCUGGUACGGGCAUAGUUGGUGUUAAGCUUACAGAACUUGGAUAUCGAGAUAUUGAAGGUGUUGACCUUUCUGAAAAAUGUCUAAACAAAGCCAGAGAAAAAUGUGUUUAUAAAACUUUAAGAUGUGCAAAGUUGGAUUCCGAACCUCUAGAUGGAAUUGAACAAGAUACAUAUGAUGCAAUAGUCUGUUCUGGUGGCUUUCUCACAAAUCACCUUGAUGACAACUGUCUAAAAGAAUGGAGUCGUAUCGUCAGAUCAGAUGGAGUUAUCUGUAUUACUGUCAAUGCAGACUGCCUGUAUUUAGUUGAAGGACCCACAUUGGACAAUUUAGUAUCUGAUGGAAGAUUGCAAGUGGUAGAAAAACGCAAAACAACAAAUCAUAUUGGAAAAGAAUUUGGUUAUGUCAUCGUUCUAAAAGUACUUUAA